CAAUUCCGCGCCAGUAUUAGUCAUGGUCUCGAUCUGGUGGGAGACUGCGUCGAAUUUCAUUUAAGUUUAAUUUAGUGCCAUGACACGAUGAGGCAAAGAACCUUUCAUUUUUAUUUUAAAUAAUAAAUAAUAAAUUAAAAAUAUUAUAAAAAAUUUAAGAAAAAUGCCUCAAACAACGUAUAAUUCAAUGAGUUCCCAAGAACCCAUAUGGACCCAAGUCGUUUGUGAUCCAGAAAGUCCUUUUUCAGACUCCGAAAAUGAGAUAAAAAUUCGGAUGUCUAAUAAAAGUAAAGGUCUUUCCGUUUUGGCAACCGCAAUUUUUAUCGCUGGCGAAAUGGCAGGAAGCGGAGUUUUAGCUUUACCCAAGGCCGUUGUAGACUCAGGUUGGAUAGGAAUAAUUUUAUUAAUAGUUUUUUGUUUCAACGCCGGAUAUAGCGGAAGUUGUUUAGGUGCUUGUUGGUAUAUUUUAGAAGAAAGAUAUCCAGAAUUACGAAGAAAAACACGAAAUCCUUACGGAACAAUUGCUCAAAAAUCCUUUGGAAAAUAUGCAAGAUAUUUAGUAUCGGGUUGCAUUCAAUUUACAUUAUGCGGAGCAGGAACCGUUUAUUUACUUUUAGCAUCUCAAAUCAUUCAAGAACUUUUAAAUGAUAUUUUACCAUCAGUUAGUUAUUGCUAUUGGUUUUUAUUAAUAGCGGCUUUAUUGUUAAUUCCGAUGUGGUUGGAGUCUCCAAAAGAUUUUAGAGCUGCCGGUGUUAUCGCAAUUUCUACAACUACAAUAGCAUGUAUUUUAUUUUUUUCCCAAACAAUAAAAGACGGAUUAUCAAAGACUGAACCAAUCGUACACUACAAACAUGAUUUUUCCGACUUUUUUCUCGCUUUCGGAACAUUACUUUUUGCUUUUGGAGGUGCAUCUACUUUUCCAACUAUUCAAAAUGAUAUGCAAGAUAAGAAAAAGUUUGGAUAUAGCAUUGUGAUAGCUUUUUCUGUUAUAAUCGCUUUAUAUUUACCAGUAGCUUUAUCGGCUUAUUACGUUUACGGUGAAGAUUUAUUUCCAAACGUAGCAAUGUCGAUAUCAAAAUCAAUACCGUUAACAAUCGGGAAUAUUUGUAUGGCUGUGCAUUUAGUUUUUGCAUUUUUAAUCGUAAUCAAUCCGGUUUGUCAAGAGUUAGAAGAAAUUUUUAAAGUUCCACAUGUAUUUUGUUGGCAACGAUGUCUCUUAAGAAGUUUCAUGAUGAUUUUUAUGGUUUUCGUGGGAGAAAGCAUCCCACAAUUCGGAAAAAUCUUAUCAUUAGUCGGUGGUUCAACAAUCACGUUAUUAACUUUUGUAUUUCCACCAAUUUUUUAUAUGAAAUUGUGUAGCCAAAAAAGUGAGCAGUGGCCUGAAAGAAAAAUUCCUGGAUAUAUCAAAGUAUAUCUUUGGGAAUUAAUCUUAAUAGGUAUUUUAGGAGGGGGAGCAUCUACGUACACUGCUAUAACAGAUAUAUUUGGACCAGGAUCUCUUAUAAAACCUUGUUAUUUACCAGAUCAUUCACAAUAGUAAUAUAAUAAAACCAGAAUAAAGUUCGAAUUCGUCAAAUAGUCAUUAUAAGAAGUAUUUAUAAUAUUAAUAUAGGUUUUUUAAUGUUAAAACUGUAUCCAUUUGAACAUUUUGAGUUGUAAAUGUGAUAUUUACAUGUGAUUUUUAAGAAUAAAUGUUGAGACUAUACAUUUU